AUGGCCUGGCGAUGUUCAGGGUCCACUAACAAGGAGCUGAUUGAGAACAUGUGGAAGCACAAGCUCAUCAGCGAUUCAUCCACGCAGGUUGAUCGUCGACACUAUGCGCCGUCCCAGCCAUACCAAGACUCGCCUCAGUACAUUGGCUACCAGGCGACCAUAUCCGCACCUCAUAUGCAUGCCAUCGCCCUGGAGCAUCUCAUCUCAUUCAUGAUGCCGUCCGAUGCUUCACCGGCGCCGCGUGCCCUCGACAUCGGUUCCGGCUCCGGCUACCUCACCCAUGUCAUGGCGGAGCUCGUUGGCCCACGUGGGCUGGUCGUCGGCGUCGAGCACAUCAACGCCCUGCGAGACAAGGGAGAGGCAAAUAUGCGCAAGAGUGCCGAGGGGACUCAGCUCUUAAACUCUGGCAAAGUCAAGUUUAUCGCGGCCGACGGCCGAAAGGGUCUGAACGAGCCGGCGCGAAAGGGCGAGGAGGAGCUCGGCACGCUAUGGGACGCUAUCCAUGUCGGGGCAUCUGCUAGUGAGGUACACGAUGAAUUGAUUAACCAACUGAAAUCACCGGGCUGCAUGUUUAUCCCGGUCGAGGACUCUCAUGAUCGGGACUCACAUCAGAAUGCCCUAGUGAAGUAUUGUCCCGUCUUCGGCUUCUACCACACAUCGCUACCAUAUUUGUUACGUGGUUGCAGGCCAUGCUUGAGGGCCAUCCAGGCACCUCCCACCCAACUACUAAGGUGA